ACCUCAAGGAUAACAUUUCUGUCCUUUCCAUUGGCCGCCCCGCUGCUGCAAGCCUCUUCCCGUCUUAUUUUGAUGAUGAAUAUGAAGGCAUGCUAAGCUGUGCCGGAGCGUAGCUCUCACUGACUGCACUCCCUCCCCGGGCUCAAGGACUCAGGGGCUCUCUCACUGCUUCCCCUGCCCACCACCAGCAGCAGCAACGCCAAAAGUUGUGAUGCUUUUCUUCACCCAGUGCUUUGGGGCUGUGUUAGAUCUCAUUCACCUGCGGUUUCAGCACUACAAGGCAAAGAGGGUUUUUUCAGCUGCCGGGCAACUUGUCUGCGUUGUCAACCCAACACACAGCCUAAAGUAUGCACCGACCCACUGUGCAGCUGCACAGACUUCAGCUGAGCAAGGUGUCUUUCCUCCCUGCCAUCACCACGAAGCAGUACAUGACCCCCAGCUGGUUCCCUGCACAUGCCCACUCUACUCCUGCCCAUGGGAAGGGCACCUGGAAGUGGUGGUGUCCCACCUGAGGCAGACCCACUGCAUCAACAUCCUUCAGGGGGCAGAGAUUGUCUUCCUGGCCACGGACAUGCACCUGCCAGCACCCACGGACUGGAUCAUCAUGCACUCUUGCCUUGGCCACCAGUUUUUGCUGGUCCUCAGGAAGCAGGAGAAGUAUGAAGGUCACCCCCAGUUCUUUGCUACGAUGAUGCUGAUCGGCACACCGACCCAAGCCGACAACUUUACCUACCGGCUCGAGCUCAACAGGAACCAGAGGCGCCUCAAGUGGGAGGCAACGCCCAGGUCUGUACUGGAGUGUGUUGACUCUGUCAUUUCAGACGGGGACUGCCUUGUGCUGAACACUUCCCUGGCUCAGCUGUUUUCUGACAACGGAAGCCUAGCUAUAGGAAUUGCAAUAACCACCAGCAAAGUUCACAGCGCAGAAGCCGAAAUGUGAGGGGAAGAGGAGGAACAACAACGGUGCUCUAGCUGCCUUGUGAGAACCAGAACUUGUGGACUUCUCGGGGGGGUCUCAGGUCUUUUGUGUAUUUAGUACUCGUCCACAGUGGGCAUUAUGUAAACAUCCUGUGGUUACGGUCUCUGUGUAAUGUAUCUACCAUUUUGUUAAUACAAUUUUAUGAGAAAUUUUAAAGAGGCUAAUCAAUUUAUUGUAACACUCCAGCAACACUGGAAACAACAGUUUCUCCUGGAAAGUGCACCCAGUGUGACUCAUAGAAACCUUUGGUCUGAGCGUGCUAUGCAAAUGUGUUUCCUUCGUUGCCUGCCUGUUCACCUGGUAUUGAGGAGGUCCCUGUGCCUUAUAAAAGGUAAAGUAUUCCACUGAGGGACAAGAACAUCCAAAUUUCCACACUAGCAACAGUGAUUUAACACUUACACUGUGGUCACAACCAAGCCCUGAGGAGCUUGCAGUUUUUCAGAGCUCCUAAGGAAGCAACCUUCAUCACCCAGACAAUGAAAGUUUCAAAGAAAAAGUCACCACCUCUGCUGAGCCAGGGCCUGGGAAGCCUCAUCCUACGUUAAAUCAGAGAUGAUCAUUGUGGGCAUGGUUAAAUUUCAUUCUUGUAUCAUGGUGGGCAGUGAGAUGCUUGCUAGGUGGCCUGGCUCCAGGAUGUAUAUAGCCAUUACCAGCCAUUGGGACAUUCACCAUUUUAAUUGCUAUUUCUUCAAGUAUUCAAAAACAGAUUUUCAGAAAAUAAAGUAUCAGGACCGUUCUAAGUUGCCUAUUUUCUUGCUAUUGAAUUCUGUGCCCCUUAGGUCCACAUCGUGUGCUGCUAAAUAUUGAUUUAAAACAAUGCAGCCAGAAUAUCUGUUUGUAAAUUGACUAUGAGAUUUUAAAUACUCUGCUAUAAAAAUAGCCUUAUUUUUUGUCUUCCAUACGCUCCAGGGGUG